AUGAUAUGGUUAGUAAUUUUAGUUUUGCAGUUACUAUUGAAGGCGAAUUCCGAGAGGGUGUUCGACGUAAGAAACUACGGAGCGAAGCGAGGUGCAGACAUCAGCCAGGCGUUGAUGAAAGCAUGGAAAGAUGCAAUAGCAUCAACAACGCCAAGCAAGAUCCUGAUCCCAAAAGGGCAUUGGACACUGAGCCAAGCCCACAUGGAGGGGCCAAACAAGGCCCCGAUCAACCUUGCGGUGAGAGGCACCUUGCAAGCCUACCGGGAUCCGGCCCAACUCCCCGUGAAGAGCCAAGAAUGGGUGACAAUCAACUCCGUGAACCACCUGACCAUCUCGGGGGGUGGCGUGCUCGACGGGCAGGGCCAGCAAGCCUGGAAGAGGAAUGACUGCAACAAAAACAAGAAUUGCAUGAAGCUCCCCAUCAACUUGAGCUUGAACUUCAUAACCGACUCCAUCAUCCAAGACAUCACCACCAAGGACAGCAAGAGCUUCCAUGUCAACUGCAUCUCCAGUCGCAACGUCACCUUCCAGCGCUUCACUAUCUCCGCCCCCGGUGACAGCCCUAACACUGACGGCAUCCACAUCGCCCGAGGCAACCACAUCAGGGUCCUCGACUCCAUCAUCAAGACGGGAGACGACUGCGUCUCCAUGGGGGACGACCUCAACGACGUCCUCAUCAGGAACGUGCAGUGCGGGCCCGGCCACGGCAUCAGCAUCGGCAGUUUGGGGAGGAACGUGCAGGAGAAGAACAUCAAAGGGAUAACCGUGCAGGGGUGCACCUUCACCGGCACCCAGAACGGGGUCAGGAUCAAGACGUGGCCCUCCGCCCCAGCCACACUCACCAUAUCCGACCUCCACUUCAUCGACCUCACCAUGGUCAAUGCUGGAAACCCCAUUGUGUUUGAUCAAAAGUACUGCCCAUGGAACCAAUGUGACUUGCGUAGGCCCUCCCUGAUCAAGAUCAGCAACGUCGAGAUCAAGAACAUCAGGGGCACCAGCACCACCCCCGACGUUCUCAGCUUCAUGUGCAGCAAAGCCAAGCCUUGCGACAACAUCAGGAUAGGGCUCAUUGAUCUCAAAUACAAUGGAAAUAAGGCCACCACCAUAUGUGAAAACAUUAGGCCCUACUUUUCUUCCAGCUUGCAUCCUUCCGUUGUCGUGGCAAACAUAUGUACGCAUAAUUUCAAGCAGAUAGUUGACCCGAAUGGAUUCAGUCAGAAAACUCUAAACAAGGAAUACAUUAACAUGUAUUGGGCUGAAUUUAAGAUUUCAGAUUUAAUGUUGUGUGAUGAAAGGGAAGCGGUUGGAGAUACCAUCGAAAAUAAUGUAGCUGAAGAUAUUCCAUCUGAGGAUCCUCAAGACAAAGGAGAGGCAAAAAAGAGGAAAACUAUGGAGAAAAGAUCAGAGGUCCUAGGCCAACACGGUUGGUGUUACAAUCUGGUCAAAGCUCUUCACUUAGUAGUUAGAAUUUUGAGCAAGAAGAGCUUAGGAAAGCUUUAG